UUACAUUUGCUGUGUAUUCUUACUUUGCUGUGGCCUUACUGGGACAACAGUACCUGGAUCCUAAACAGAAGCAUAAGGGUUACGAUGUUGACUUUUAUGUGCCAGGUUUCACCAUUCUCCAGUUCUUGUUUUAUAUGGGCUGGCUUAAGGUAGAUCAAUACAUCUUUAUUAUUUUAUAAUAACAUCAAUCAUUGUGAGCAGCAUUUUAUUCAGACUGCCAGUAAUUAUUUCUUUUUGUUAUGUUCAACUUAUUUGAAGUAAGUCAUAUUUAACCAACAAUUGGGUUAACUAUGAGUUUAAAUUUAAAGCUAUUCACUUUUUUUAGCUUAAAUGUGAAGCACAGCUUAGCUGUCCUUGACAUUUUCAUCUAUCAAAAUUUGAAGGAGUAAAACUUUGAAUAUGGGUUUUCUAAACAACAAAAGGAAAUGUGUUUCAAAAGCAAUGUUAUUUAAAUAUUUCAAUAAAAGUUGAAAUUAAAAAAGCAAAAUUAAUUUGAAGAAACUUUUUAAGUACUAUUCAAGGCUUGAAGUUGUCAUAUUAUUAAAAGUUUUAAAGACUUAUAAAAAUAUGUGUUUGAAACAAUAUUUGGAGAAAAAAAAAGUUUUCUCCCAAUUGUGGGUUUGAGUCAUAUAUUUAUUUAUAGACUCAUUAGCACUGUGUUAAAGGAAGCUGUUAAUAGAGGCUUUCAGACAAUUCAUUCAAUCAGAAUCCACAGGUGAUCCUUUAACAACUUGCUCCAGAGACCAGACAUAACAAAGGAUACCAUUUUCAACUUUUGAUAAGAGGACACAGUCAUGUUUAUCAUGUUGGUCUUGAUUAACAGAUGCAUGUCAUUUUCAGGUUGCUGAGCAAAUGAUCAACCCAUUUGGUGAAGAUGACGAUGAUUAUGAUAUAAACUGGUUGUUGGAUAGACACACUGCUGUGAGUAAAGAUUCAAGAGAUAACCAGAUAUUUUUUUUUAUUUUACUCACACAGACUUAAUAAUUUUUGGAAUUUUUUUAAAGAACCUUUUUAUGUGGGUAAUGUCAUUUUUGUUUCUGUUUAUUGACCAAUAAUUGCAAUAACCUCAUAGACAUAGAUCAGCAAAGUUUUACAAGGCUGUCAUUAAAUUUUUCAUAUAUUUCAGGUAGCAUUUUGUUUGACUGACCACUGUUAUGGCAAGCAUCCAACUUUGGUCAAGGAUCAAUUCUGGGAUGACCUGGCCGCUGAUGUCCCAUACACAGAGUCAUCGUUAGGAUCCAUCCGACCUAACUUCUUAGGAACCACUUUUAACAUUGAGUGAGCUGAAAUCUUUUUAUUUUAAAUUUGCUCUACACAUGACUCUAACUGAAUCAAGCUUUAUAAUAUAAUCCAAUGGUGGCUUAAUAAUACAUAAUAAUCAAUUAUUCUUAUCAAUUUACUUAUAGUCUUACAGAUAUUUUGCUUCAAUAUAUUGAAAAGGAUUCUCACUUGAAAUGAAAUUUCAGUAUUAGUUAUCAUUAAGAAAACAUUAACAUUUUAAGUUGUUCCACUUGAGCAGACCUGUUUACUCUUCCGAUUUUGGCAUAGAAUGUACUAUUUUGAGGUGUAUACAUUAUAUAUACUGUAUGUUUAUUUUUUUACUAUUAAGAUAAUGUAUUGAACAAUUUUGUGUUGAUAUUGUACACCUUUAAGAGUUUGAGGGUAAACAGAUCUGCUUGAGGUUUUUCCUUCUGCCUCUGCACCAUUGUCUGAAACAAUGUGUGUUUUAUUUAUAUAAUUCUCAUUAAUAUCAAUCUUUUAUAAUUUGUAUUUGUUUUUUGAAAACUUUUCAAUAUUAAUUUAAUUGCUCAGCUCUAGCCUUGAGUCUGUGAAUUUGGUAUUAUAUGUGGUUGUUUCUCUUAGGCGGCCUACAUUAGAACAAGAAAAAAUGGUUGCCUCAGAUCACGAAGAUGUCAAUAACACCAACUGGGCUAACAGGUCAGUGUAACAGAGAAUUAAAAUGAUGUAGUAAAUUGUUUGAUAAAACUUAUAAAAAUCAGAUUUAUUUGAUGAAUUAUUUUUUUAUUACAUAAUGUUGUCAGUUUAAAUAAUUCUCAACAUCCACUUCAAAAAGUCAUUUUCUCUCACAAUGUAUAAUUGUCCAUUGGCAAAAGCAUUUUUAUAAAUCUUGGAAGUUAUCCAUGAGGACAGGGCUGUUAUAAUAGUUGUCUUCUUUAGUAAAUAAAGGAAACAAAAUUGCCAGUUUUAAAUUAUGAAAAUAAUUUAUUUGAACUGUUGCAAUUAUAUAUAAACUAGCAGAGGCUAGGGUUAACAUAUAAUUAAACAGCUUUUUUUUCUUUUAUUUAAUGGUAGAGUUUUAUGAUUCAUAUAUAAAUGUGGCAAAUUUUAAUUUUUCUUUGCCACAACUGUGGCUGUUUUGGAAAAAAAUUUGCCCACCCCAGUCUAGGAAUGAAUAUUCAUAAUGAGAGCCUACAUUUCACAACAUUCAGACGUCAAGUAAAUUAACACCCAACACAAUGUUCUCAUGUAAUGAGCAAAGCUAUCUUAUGCACAGUGCACAGUAAAGAUGUUCAUUUCAGUGCACCAAUAAAACCUUACAUUAAACUUCAUGACUGACCUAGCCGCAACGCAAAAUAAAGUGUGUUUUUUAUUUGUAUAGCUCAUAUAAGGAAAAACAUAAAUAUAUGAUGCUAGGCAUUUCCCAUGGACUAAAAUGCAUUUCUUCCAUCUAGACAAUCUCAGGAAUGCAUCUUAAAUAAGCAUUGAAAGUAACACUCGCCAUAUUUUCUUCUCUUUUGCUCCGUCAUCACGUCAGAUCCGGCAGAGGGAAAGGCUCAAUAACUGGGUCACUGCUGUCCCUGCUACAUCGCCCACGAAUGCAUGGCUCAGAGGUUACUCUGGAAUCACAAGGAAGUGGUCAUGGAAAGUUUUAUGCCAUGCCUAAUGGAAGAGCCACUAGAUAUUCAACAAUCAGUAGAGAGAAUGAGGAGAUGAGAAGGUCCUCUGUGGACCUGCCGGUAAUGGCUGAGGCAGACAGCGGAGAGAAUACUACAUUUCAGGUGCUUGGGGCUUGGCUCACUAACCCAAUAUUUACCGUUUUUCUAAAAAAUUGUUUUUAUUUUAAGACAUUGUAAGACUUUAAAAUAAUUUCAUGUGUUCAAUUCCAUUUUUAAGUCAUUUUUUUUCUUUCUUUUCCUUAUAAAAGUCUCUUUAUGUCAUAAUUUAGCUUUUGAACAAAAAUUAUUAAUUUAACUUAAGGCAGAAAUCAUAUCUGAACACAAAAUUGAUACUUAAAAAAAAAGUUAUUUUAUAUGAGCAUUGUUUUAUGCAACUGGUUUUAAUUGUUAAUAAACUUUCAAGCUGUGAUACAUUAAAUCAUUGUUUCAAUUAUUCAGUUACUUCAUAGCUGGUAAGGAGAUAUUGAAAGAUUUUAGCAUAAACUAGCAUUAGCAUUUCUUUACCUUCUCUUUGCUUGCUGUGAGUUAGAUAUUUUUUGUAAUCCCUUUCUUUUAAAACCAAAAACUGUAUUAGCACUGUCAGAGAGCGAUGGAGUUUUUUAUAUAAUCUUUAUACAAUCACAUUUUUAUUAGGUGUUCCUAGAUCUCUUAAGUAGUCUUUUUCUAUUAAUAUUUUCAAUAUUUAUUUAUUUCUUCGCUAACACUUUAAAAUUUAAAUAGCAAGUAACAAAAUUUUUCUUCUUAAAACCAUAAAUGAAAAGGCUUUAUCCAUGAAACAUAUUUUUUAAAAUCAUGGUACAAAUAUAAAACAAUGCAAUUUAAAGAAACAGUUUAUAUUAGGGAUACUUUAUGAAAUUUUAAAUAAAGUUUUUAAAAAUAAUUCUAAUACUUUAUUAUUGAUAGACUUCAAUGAUCAUUAUUAACCCAAAGCCAAGGGAUAGCCAGUAAACUUAAGUAUAUAAAAAGUAAGAGAAAAAAUUAUUUCUGUAAUCUGUGUACUGUAACUCUUGCUGAGAGAUAAGAUCUUGAAACAGAAGUUUAAUGUUGAAAAAAAAAAAAAGGACUUUAACUUUAAACAUAAAAUAUUCACUAGUUAUUUUUUACAUUUUAUAUUGUUAGUUGUCUUAUACUACAAGAAGUUAACUAUUUCUACUUUUUCAAAUAAACAAUUUUAGUUUAUGAAUUAAUGGACAAGAAAUUUAAGACUCAACUUAAAUUUGCAUUCUCCUUUUAAAAAUGAAAAUAUGUCUGUAGUAUCUAUCAUGUAUUUUUUCUCCCACUUUUUCCAUCCAUAUAAAUUGCAAACAUUGUUACUUUCAACUUUUCUUUUAAUAUUAUUAUAACCAAAGAUAUGUAACUUAAGAAUUUAACAAGGUAGACAUUAGACUGUAUAACAAAUUUUGCUUUAUAAAAUAUAUGAGUUAAAAGUCUAUUUAUUUCUAAUUGUUUUUAGUCAUUUAAGGUAUUCAGCACCACCACCCUACCCACUCACAGCAAAAAAAAAAAAAAAAAAAAAAUUAGAACUAUUUGUAAUUAGGAUUUCAAAAACUUAUAGCAAAUAAAUUCAAGGUGUUAUUUCAAAUUAUUUUUAUUGGCUAUAGGGAAUGACUUUUAUUAAUUUAAGCAAAGUUCUAUUCAGGAAGGAAUGAUUAUAUUUUUUUAAAAUAUAGGAUCAAAUCUUUUGCCCCUCUAAGUUACAAAAAAAUAAAUAUAAUUGAAGUUCAUUUACUUGUUAGUGUUAAAGAUUUUAAAACUAUCACAUUGCAUCAGUUGUGCUCUGUGACAUUUAACUCUGUUUACAUGAAAUUCUGACAAAAACUUAUUUAUUGAUGAACUCUUAUUUCAGUUGAGACAAAGGGCCAACACAGACAGUGAAUUUAUUGAGAUUGAAAGUAAAUCUAGGAAAAUGAGUCUGCCAUUCCAGAUUAAUCUCUUCUCCAAGCCCAAAAUUUCCCCCAAAAGCAACAGGUAAGUAAAGCAGCCAAUUUAUCACUCUUUAUUAUUGUUUUUUAAAUUUUUAUUUUAGAUUUUUUUUUCAAUUUCACUAAGGUCAGCAGAAUUUAAAUGUUAGAAAAUAAAAGCUCUAACUUUGCUAUUAGUAUUAAAAUCCUCCUUUAGAGUAACCAUUUAGAACAAGAUAAAUUUUUUUUAUUGAAGUUCUGAUUAUGUUUAAUGACUAAUGAAAUUUCUUAACUAUUCAUAAAUGUAUCAUUACUAAUUAUAAGUAGGUAUUCUGAACUGCUAACUUGUUUCAAAAUUGUCUCAGCAACCCUGUCAUGAAAAGCUGGUGAUUACACGAGACAUUCAAUGUUUGCCAUCAAUGGUUUCCUCCCUCUCCACCAACUACCCUUAAAUAUCAAAAUCUUAUGAAAAUCCUCUCGUGAUAUCAUUUUGAGACCCUAUAAGUUUGCUCAGUCGUUGGGGCUGUUGGUUUUAAAAGUCCAUAGAAAAAUAUUUGAGAAUUAUUAAUACAACAUACGAUUAUUAUAUUAGGUUCACUGUUGAACCAGUAAAAGACCCAGAUUCAGAGACUGAAUCAGCAAACAAAACUCGCAGAACUGGGCAUGUUACUGCACCAUUCCAGAAUAUUGAUAAAGUCUCCAGGUAUGUUGUGAAACAAUAAGGAUCAGGGAAUAAUUCUGCAUGCUCCCUGUUAUCACAUCAUAUCCCAGUUUUUUUUUAUCAAAGUGUCCUGUCACAUUCCAAUGUCACUGCAAGACAGAAAGAGCCUGGCAUUAUGCUCAAUACAUGAAUAUUUGUAGGGCAUCAUUAAACAAUACAUUGUUUUCAUCUUAAGUUGUAUACUAUCAUCUGAUUCAUUGCUAUACAUCAUCACAUGGUGACAAUAAUGAUUCACUGUGGUAUAUCAUCAAUUGGUUACGGCAUGGUUCACUGAAAGAAAUGAUAAUAGAAUGGUUUAUUGCAGUACAUCAAUACACUAUGUUUCAAUGUAGUGCUUCUAUACAAUGGCGGUAAUGUUGUUCAUUUUAGUCAAUCAUGACAUGGUGACAAUAUUGUUUAUUUUAGUCAAUCAUGACAUGGUGACAAUAUUGUUUGUUUUAGUCAAUCAUGACAUGGUGACAAUAUUGUUCGUUUUAGUCAAUCAUGACAUGGUGACAAUAUUGUUCAUUUUAGUCAAUCAUGACAUGGUGACAAUAUUGUUUAUUUUAGUCAAUCAUGACAUGGUGACAAUAUUGUUCAUUUUAGUCAAUCAUGACAUGGUGACAAUAUUGUUUAUUUUAGUCAAUCAUGACAUGGUGACAAUAUUGUUUAUUUUAGUCAAUCAUGACAUGGUGACAAUAUUGUUUAUUUUAGUCAAUCAUGACAUGGUGACAAUAUUGUUCAUUUUAGUUAGUACAUCACUAUAUGUUAAUAUGGCUUAAUAGCUGUAAAUCGUUAAAUGACCAUAACUAAUUGUAAGCGUCUUUGACCGGGAUACAGCGUAAGUAAAUGAAUUUUUAUUUUGUCUUAUAAAUCAAAACAGAUGGGUUCUAACAAGUUUUAAUCAUAAUUGAUCACUAUGGGAUAUCUAAAUUUUUUUUUUAAAUUUAAUUUUUCUAACAAAGAAUUCCAGAGCUUUCAGCCAUUGAAGAAGGUAACACCAUCACCAGCCUGUCACAGAUAAGGGCGGCUAUUAAAAAAGCCACUUUUGAUGAUGACCAAGACUUAGGUCCCAAAAGAGGGGACACACAGACCAUAUUACGGGAAGACCUCAAUAACAAUAGGCAUGUACAAUAUAAAUUUGUUUCUUUUAUUAGAAGUUUAAGAGCAGGGAUCCCCAUCUGUACUAACUGUACUAUUGAUUCCAUCUAUCCAUCUCUUUUGGAAGUCCAAUAUUCACAAUUUUCUUGUUUUAUAAAAGUUUCAAAUCUUUGCAAUAAAUUACGCAAUUAAUCGUAAAGAAUCUCGCUAAAUUGAUCCUUGGUAAGAUGUGUUGUUUUCAAGUUAGAUCCUGAUGGCUAGCUUGAUGCUGGCAAUAACAUCACCUCCUUUAACUGUUAAUUAUAAAUGGUAUUAAAUUUUUACUUGUAUAAACCCAUUGCACCAAAUGCUUGCUGAUUUGUAGAAUUAUUGUUUGUUUUAUUAAAAUGUAUUUCGUCUUAUUAUUUUGAUAGUUUAAAUGCACAAUUCAACCAAUCCAUCUUUCCUCUUGUUUAUGAAAGCUGUAAUAAUUUCUAUCAAAGAUGAACCACACUACACCCAUACACCCAAUCUUUACAAAGUGCAAACCUUCCCCAAUUAUAGUAUAUGAAAUAAAACAAAUGACAUCCCUUGCUGUAAUGUAGCUAUUGGGACAUAAAUUAUAUCUCAGAAUGGUUUAUAUUUCUUAUUCUUUCAUGAAGAUAUGCUACUUGAUUAACUAUCAUAUGGUAACAAUUUAAUAGCAAGCAGAGUGAUACUUUUUCUUGGAAAUCAGCAUUCACAAGUCAUCACCACCUCUGUCACACACAAAAAAAUGUUUGCAUCGUCUCAUGUGUUUUCAAUUCUGACUUAACAGAGAAAACAGAGAGAACCGGAGGUCGUACAUUUCCCCUGGCACUCCCUUGAUUCUCGAGUUAGAAGAAGACUACGCAACAGCCACAGCCUCCUCUGAGCCGAACUCGCCAAGUUACCAUUACUUUGAUGCCAUCGACACAAUGGAUGGCGCCGAGGAGAGCCUCCUUAAUCACAGAAGGGUCGGGACACAAGGAGGCAGCGUUAAAAAGCAUUGACUCUAAUCAUGAUAUUAUCAUCAUUGUUAUUUAAUCAUUGCUGUUUUUGCAUAUUAUGUUCCUGUAUACAGUAAGUUAUGUUUCCCUGAAAGUGGGUUAUCUUUCUUUGAAUACCCUUCCACAGCCAAGCUCAAAAUUAGCAUAUAUGUUGAUUAAGGUGGUCAUAGUCAAUUUCAAGUGACGAACUAUAUAUAUAUAUAUAUAUAUAUAUAUUGGCUGUGGAGCAGUAUUCAAAGUGUACAGUGGAUUUACAAACUACUAGUCUUUGUAAAAAAAUAUUAUUUAUAAUACAAUAUGUUUAAAGUUUUCUAAAUGCUAGAAGUAGAAGAGUUAAUGAUAUCAGCAUUUACCUCCAAUCUGCUGUUUAUGUUAUACUCAUUCAUUAUUCAAGUUAGGACAAGGAAGUUGAUGUUCGAAUGUUUCAAUUUAUUUAUUAAACUUUUUAGAAUACUUAGUUGUUACUUUUGUGUGUGAAGGUGUGAAAUUUUGUUGUUGAAACAUACAAGAGAUCACUGAAUUCGAUGAAUAGAAGUAUAAUAUGAAUACCUCCUGAAGCAUAAAUCAAGUGCUUUUUAUGCACCACUGUUUUAGCCCUGAAAUAAGAUUUUCUUAUUUCAUCAUUCCAAUUGUAGGUCUUGAUAUGCAAACUGAUCUCCGACAUGCGAACUGUUAAUGAUGUUAAUAUACACUUGUCGGAGAGACCAUUUGAUUUUUAACUUAUUAAAACAAUUUUAAAUGCUUAGCAUCAAGCUAAUAAAUCCUGGAUUUUUAACAAAAUAUUUUAAAGCUUUUGCAACAAAAAUAACCUGGGGGUUUGAAAUUAAUUACCGAUACAUGUUUGAGCCAGCAAAACCUGAAGGUUAUUCAACGAAAUAAGAAUUUUGCUGAUGAUUACCUGUAGCCAAAGACAGUGUUGAGAUUCACCUGGAGUUUACCUCAUUCAGUUGGUACCUUUAUGCAAGCACUCAUUUAUGUUAAAUAGAUUUGUGAUAUUCUUAAUGUCACAUAAGCUUACAAUUUAUAAAUGUAAUGUGCUAAAAUUCUUUUUAUUUUUAUAUGGCAUAUUUUGUAACUGUUUUUUUUUUAAAUAAAUUUUUUUGUAAGAAAUAAACUAGAUCCAUUAAACAAG